CACAUCUGUGUACAAACGCAAUCGAUAUUAUAGUAGCUACUGGCGACGAUGAUGUCAAGGAUGCAAUUGGCACUGAUGUUAGGAGUUGAAAGUAAGCACUGCUACCUGCAUGCUGAUAACUCCACAUGAGAAAAUUGGAUAUCGCGGCAUAUCCACCGGCGAUUGGGUAUAUCCAUACAACUAGUCCGCAGAAAUGCGAUGAUUCACUAUCUUCCUUAAUAACUAGUCCGUUGGACAAAAAAACGGGAUCUUCCUUAUUGCCAGACACUCAAACUUGUGCUGUGUCUGAUCACUAA